AUGCCAGGCCCUAUUAUGCCUGUAGAUAUUGCUAUGCAGAUGUACAUCACACACUCUCCACCUCUCAGGAGCUUCCUCAGCUCCUAUGAGAACUUGAGGGUCAAGAACCGGGAAAACCACUACAAGCCCCUCCGGCCCUGCAUUAGCUCCCAAAGGCCCUUGGAGGCCCGGAAGAGCCCCAAGACCACCAUAAAGAUCCCCAAAGGCAAGAAGAAAGUGGUCUUUGCCGACUCCAAAGGCAUGUCCCUUACAGCCAUCCACGUCUUUUCAAAGUUCGAUGAAAAGCCUGUGUUCUCCGACUUACAAUUUGACCUUACAGACCUGGAGAAUGCCAACAUGGAGCUGAAGGUCAGCACAAUGCGAAGCCUGGCGCUGGACUUCCCCCAACCCGCUGCAGACUAUCUGGCCUUCCGGAACCGGCUGUUGAAGGACUCUGUGUGCCUGGAAAACUGCACACUGCAGGAGAGGUCACUCACAGGCACUGUGAAAGUCCGAAACCUUGGCUUUGAGAAAUCUGUCCAGGUCCGGUUGACCGUUGACUCAUGGAAAACCCACACAGACAUUGACUGCACCUUCAUGAACAACGUCUACAGUUGCCAGGACACAGAUACAUUCACCUUUGUCUUCGAUCUGCCAAGUUAUGUGCAUCCUUAUAAUAAAGUAGAAUUUUGCAUAUGUUUCAAGAGCAAAAAACAGGUUUUCUGGGACAAUAAUGAUGGGGAAAACUACAUGCUCAAACCCAUUGGGUGGAAUGGAGAGGAUGUGCAAACACUGUCCAAAACCAUUGUUGAGCACAAGAACGGCAAUAAACUACUGGAGAUGGAGUUUGACCAGUUUGGAAGUCCCCGUUUAUCAAGUGGACUCUUUCCUGGGUGGCAAAGCUUGGGCAGAAUUGAGAAUGGUGCCAACUACUGGUGAAAUUAGGAAAGACUUUAAUCUGGGGUGAAAUGACAACUGAAGAGGUAUAACAGGGAUGGACUUGGAUGGAGCAGGGUGAUAUAGAUGUCGGAUCUUAAUUAGAGCCAGAUUGCUACAGCAGGA